AUGACUGGAGUUAAUCGACCAAUGAGUCAAAUGCGGAAAUUGGAGGCAAAAGAGGCUCUGUUCCGUACUAGAAAGCGUAUUCUGAAAUAUUUGGUACUGGGUUUCAUUAAACAGGAAGGAUAUAUGAACACCGCUGAAACCUUUACGAGCGAAGCCGGGAUCACUGACGAGUAUGUGCUCUGUGAUAAUAUCGACCUGGACAUCAUACUACAGGACUACUGCAGCUACUACCUCAUUAGAUUCAACAAACAGCCGCAGUUCUGUCGGAAGGUAGACGAAAGGCCCGUGAAGAGACCUCACACGAGGAGGACCCGCCGGGAGCCAGAAGUAGAACAGGACCCUGGCUCGGGAGACGCUGAGACAGAACUACCCGCGAUGUUCACUGUCACCAAACUGUUAAAGGAAAGCGUUUUAGCCAACACAGAAGCGAUUCCUACAGUGGAUAAAAAGCCUUUCGCCUGUUUAAUGGUCGAGAUGGCGCCGGAGAAGAGGCAGCUAGCUGAAUACUUGUACAAAGAUAUACUGAGAGUGGGUGGAGUCAGUUGGACAGAUAUUAAAGGACUUGAAGACGCGAAGACGAUACUCAUGGAAAGUGUGGUGUACCCGCUGAAAUAUCCCGAAGUGUUCACGGGUCUGUUAGAGCCGUGGCGUGGCGUGUUACUCCACGGUCCACCCGGCACGGGGAAAACGCUCCUAGCGCGGGCUGUGUGUGGAGAGGGGUGCACCUUCUUCAAUAUAACAUGCAGCUCCAUCAUCAACAAGUGGAGGGGAGAAUCGGAGAAGAUUGUGAAGGUGUUAUUCGAGCUGGCCAGCUACUACGCUCCGUCCAUCGUCUUCAUGGACGAGGCGGAGUGUGUGACGUCACGACGGGGACAGCACGAGGCGUCGCGACGUCUGACGUCACAACUGUUGGUGGAGAUGGACGGGGUGUGCGCGGGGAGGGGGGUGUUCGUACUACUCACUAGUAAUAUGCCGUGGGAAAUCGACCCAGCGAUUCUGAGAAGACUGGAGAAGAGGAUAUUCAUACCGCUACCAGAUUUAAAAACACGAACUGAACUGUUUGAAAUGUAUCUGAGUAGCGACAAUAUAGAACUGGUGCCCAAGAUUAACUUUGAAGAGUUGGCUGCGAAGACCGAGGGGUAUUCAGGGAGCGACAUCAAGCUUGUGUGUAAAGAGGCCCUCAUGACCGGCGUGAGAAAGAUGAUGCCACAUAUGAACAAGAGUUCAAAUAGUCGCAAGGAUAAAAUAACUCUGUCAGACAUAUUGACAGCUAUCGAAAAGACAAAACCAGUUUCCAAAAGCUUGGAAAAGAAACACGAAGAAUGGCAGAAAGAAAUGGGAUCAGCUUGA